AUGCGAAUUCUCUGCUGUAUUUUUGUGUCGUGUCUUUUGACACUUCUCCUCGUCCCCUUUCUCGUUUAUUUGGCCUCUAAACACCCUCCGGUGCAUCCGAAUCAGACGGCGAGACAGCCGAAUCGGACUGAAAUGGGCGGAGUUAGAGGCUUGCCUGUUGGUGAUGCUGAAAAUAAGCAAAAUCCGAUCAAAGUGGGCGGAGCUACAGACGCUGAAAAACGGUUCCCGUUGGGAGAUGAGGAAAAUGGGCCAAAUCGGACUGAAAUGGGCGGAGCUACAGACGCUGAAAAACGCUUCCCACUUGGGGAUGAGGAAAAUGAGCAAAAUCGGACUGAAAUGGGCGGAGCUACAGACGCUGAAAAACGGUUCCCUCUGGGAGGUGAGGAAAACGAGCAAAGUCUAACAAAAGUGGGCGGAGCUACAGACGCUGAAAAACGGUACCCUCUGGGAGGUGUGGUAAAUGAGAUGAAUGUAACUACUUCUACCGUAAUCCCAGUGGCUACAGUACCCCCAGUGACCAAGGAAGAUGAAGGAAUGGAGCUGAUUGAAGGUUCAGUGGAUUCUGGAGCAGUAGACGUCAAGGAUUCUGAAGAGAAACGAAAGAAUCAAGAUUUUGAAGUGAUUGGAGAAAAAAAGAAGAUGGAAAACCAGGGAGAAAUCAUUGAGGAAGAGGAGGAAGAGGUUGUUGUGAAGAAGAAAAAGAAUAAAAAAUCGGAUUAA